AUGGCCAAGUAUGCUGCAAAAGGAGAACCCCGAUCGAAAUCGGCGUCAGAAAUACUAAAAUUCUCUGUGUCCACAUUACAGAACGAUGAUCAAGUCUCUUCGGCCUUCAAGAAAGCAAUGAUCCAAGUUGCUGGGGUUAGAGAUAUGGCAGUACAAGAAACUGCGCAUAUGUUACUUAGUCUACCACUGGUUGGCUGCACAUUUAGUUUUGUUACUGUUUCUUUAGAUAACAGCAGGAAGGUUAAUAUUGAUGCAGAAAACGAAGGCGAUGAGGUACUUCAAAAAUCUGCGCUACAAGAAUAUGCAGAACGUACAAAAUUGAAGAGUAGGUAUACAGGCUUGUCUCAGCUAAAUCUGAUGCAAUAUGUGUCACAGUACACCAAAGUCAGAGUUGAGUUGACAAAACGAGCGAAUCCGUACAUUGUCAGGACAUUUCCAAAGAUUUUCGCUAAUCCUGCUGGUCCUGAUUUUGGAAAAUACUGCAAAUAUCAACUAAUAAAGUUUAAACCAUGGGAGGGUCAACCGUCAAAUGCUUGGAACAACGAGGAUGAAAGUGAUCAAAUGUUUAUUAAUGUAUAUGAAGUUUUUCUUAUGACAGAUGAAUUUGCGGAAAAAAUGUGUUUAGGGAUUCCGAUGAAACAGACAGAGUUCAUGAUGCUCAAUGUGGUCUAACCUUUGAAAACGAUCCAAGUGACAAUCAAGAUGAUGACGACGAAAGUGAAGUUGACCCUCAUGACGAGGAGGAAGUCGAUGAUUGGAUGUUGUUAUGCAGAAUUAACCAAGAUUAUGGUGAAACAGGUAAUCGGAUGUCAGACAAUGAAGCAGUGGACUGGUUUGAAACGGUAAGAGCCGUGCCUAGAGAUUUGUUAAGGGAAUCUCCGGGAUGGAUCUAUAGUCAGAGAAAGGAGGCUGAAGAACAUGGUCAGCAAUUUCGAGAAGAUGAUCAACAAUGUGUAAUUGAUCCGGAGACCCUAAUGAAAAAGAACGCCUUUCUUACAACAUCAUCACACCUCAGAAUGGUGAUAAUGCUGAGCCAGUUUAUAUGAUUGUGUGUGGAACAGCCGGCACAGGUAAGACAUACUUAAUAAGUGCAACGAAACAAGUAUUAGCCGCUCAGUGUGUUGUUACAGCAACUACUGGCAUUGCAGCCUUUAGUAUUAAUGGUCAAACAUUACAUUCUGCUGCUCAACUUCCUAUCCGUGAAUAUAGGGAUUUGCAGGGUGACCCACUACAGCGGUUACAGCUGAGGCUAAAGAAGGUAAAAGAUUUCUGAUUAUCGAUGAAAUGUCAAUGAUUGGACAUAAAAUGCUAUUGGACAUAAACUGCUAGUACUGGAUAGGAAGAUAUCCCUUUUGGUGGUAUGUCAGUAAUUCUAAUGGGUGAUUUUGGUCAAUUACCACCUGUUGGUGAUAAGCCAAUGUAAGUUUCAGGUAAUUGGAAAAAUAGUAAGUGACCAUGUUAGAGUCUGUCAUUAUUUUAGAUCAAGUUAUGCGUCAAGCUGGUGAGGACCCCGAGGCAGUUGCUUUUAGAGCCUUGCUGAUGAGAAUGCGAAAUGGAGAAGUGACAGAGGAGGACUGGAAACUAUUGUUGGAGCAUUCAAAAACAAGUGUACCAAUGGAUAAAUUCACUGAUGCCAUCCUAUUGUACUUUGACCAGAAAAGUGUUGUUGAAUACAAUUAUGAGAGGCUAUUGCAGCUUGGACAACCGGUUGCUAAAAUUCAGGCAAAGCACUCUGGUCAUGGUGCCAGUGCGGCCACGUCGAACGAAGCUGGUGGAUUGGACGCUGUUCUGUUUUUAUCCACAAAAGCAGAAGUAAUGCCCACUUGCAACCUGUGGGCUCAGUUUGUCUUUGCAAUGGCUCAUUUGGCACUAUCGAGCAGAUUUGGUUUGCAGAGAAUAUGGGUCCACCAAACCUGCCAAUAG